AUGUCACGUGAAGACCGCGAACCAGAUGAAUUGUUUGAAAUUCGCACGAAUUUCUACACAGGCAAUUACCAACAGGUCAUCAAUGAAGCAACUAAACUCAAAGUUCCUCAAAAUCUACAAACGGAAAAAGAUCUUUUCAUGUAUCGUUCUUACAUCGCUCAGAAGAAAUUUGGUGUAGUUCUUGACGAAAUUCGUCCGAAUGCCUCUCAAGAAGAGCUAGUCGCCGUUCGAUUACUAGCUGAUUACCUUGCAAACGAAUCUAAACGUGAUACUAUUCUCCGUGAACUUGAUGGCAAGAUGGGUGGAAAUGUCAAAAACUCAUUCUGUUUAUUGAUGGCAGCUUAUAUGUAUUACCUUAGCGAAAACUAUGAAAAUACUUUGAAAGUUUUACACAAUGCUGAUUCCUUAGAAUGCUGUGCGUUAACUAUUCAAGCUUUAUUGAAAAUGGAACGCCUGGAUCUCGCCAAAAAAGAAUUAAAACGAAUGGCGGAAAUCGAUGAAGAUUCCGUUUUAACUCAGUUAUCCACUGCCUGGGUCAAUAUUGGUAUCGGUUCGGAAAAACUACAAGAGGCCUAUUAUAUCUUUCAAGAAUUAGCCGAUAAGCAUACGGCAACACCAUUGCUUUUGAAUGGUCAAGCUGUUUGCCAUAUCGCACAAGGAAAAUACGAAGAUGCUCAAACAGCACUUCAAGAAGCUCUUGACCGAGACAGCAAUGAUCCUCAAACAUUGAUCAAUUUAAUUGUUCUCUCUCAAUUAACCGGCAAACCAACAGAAGUUUCCAAUCGUUAUAUAUCUCAAAUGAAAGAUUCACAUGGCAAUCACUCGUUUGUCAAAGAUUUAGCUAAUAAAGCUAAUGAACUAGAUCGUCUGGUUCGUAACUAUCAACCAAGUGUACCAUCUUAA